GUCAGUCUUGAGUCUUGCCUUGCUUGUUGCUUGCUUGAUUUGAAAGUCAGGUACUCAGUUUGGAUUUACAAUUGUGCAAUUUCACUAAACAGUAUUCUACCAAACACGUUUUUAGCGUUAAGUUAUGUGUUCAGUAGAGUAUUUAGCUAUCUCGUUUUAAAAAGGUUGAUAAAUGUCUAUCAUUAGUUCAAGGAAAUCCAGUCUUUCAGCUCGAAGCAGUAAGGAUAAGUCUUCUCGUAGAUCAGUCAGAUUUCAACUGAACUAUAACCUGAAAACUGUCUUAGGCGAUGAAACGGAACACCAAAGUUACAGAGAACUUGUGUGCUACAUAAGAGAUGCUGGCUUAGAAAUACAAGAUGAAGACAUUCUACAGAUACUAAAUGAAGCUAGAGGGUGCAUCAAUAUCUUGGACAAGUCUCACAAUCUUUUUGUUCAAGUUUUAUUGGUUACCAAAUGGGCCCACCGAAGCAGUGCAGUUGCCGAAGCAUAUAAGAGCUUUGUUGUCGACUUGUGUUCAGCUCACAACUAUUACACAAAGUUUGCAAUAGAGCAAUUGGUGUCCAACUUCAAACCAGUUGGAGAACAUUUGGAGUGGGAGAAGGGUCGUCCGUGUGAAUCAGAAGAAGUUGUUUUCCAGAGGAUACAUUCUGUGAUCAAGGUUCUCUUACAAGUUAUACCUAUGAGCGUGGAGUUGCUGGUCUCUAGUGUUUCGGCAAGUUUUCCCUACACCCGUUGCAAAGACGCUAAUGAACAUGUUGCCUACAUCUCCAAUGUUCUGAGGAUACUAGACUACAAAGCUGAGCUUAGACAACAAUUUCUCUCCCUAAUUGUAACCAAACUGUUACAGCUAGAUGUAAAUUCACCAAGAUCAGACUUAGAAGAGAAAGAUGAAGAAGAAACACAAAUGUUUUCGUUAGAAGAUUCAGCAUCAGCAAGCAAUCCCAUAGCUGAUGCCUUAGAUCUCAGUUUGGGAGUGAUGUUUGAGUAUAUCCACAUUCAAUGCCAUCCUGAUGGUAAAACAAUCUGUUGGCAAAGGACUAAAGCACUUUACACAGAUAUUCUGGCAGUGUUUGACAAAGUUAUUCUCCCUACUCAUGCGUCACAUCAUGUUCAAUUCUUAAUAUUUUUUUUGUUGAGUUUCAAAAACAAUUUGUUACUCUGGUUCUUGCAGUAUUUAUGGCGGAAAGUGAUAGAUCCAAACGUAUUUCAUGUGAUCCGACAAGCUGCAAUUGGAUACAUAGCUAGUUUACUGUCAAGAGCAAAAUAUGUUCCAAUCAGUGCAGUGAAAGACACGUUGACUCAGCUGAGUUCUUGGAUCCACGGAUACAUAUCCAACUGUGAUGCACAGACCAGUUGUGACCCAAGAAUUCAUUCUGUUUUCUACUCAGCCUGCCAAGCGCUUUUCUAUCUUAUAGCUUUCAGGCACAAGGAGAUUGUGCUGAAUAGUCCAAAAGGGUUGCAGUUCCUCCAAGGUUUAAACCUAGCCAAGGUUGUGUCUAGCCAGUUGAACCCUUUGAGAGUCUGUCUACCAGCUGUGACUAACAACUUUGCCUCAGUAGCCAGGCACUAUCAGCUCGUCUACUGCUAUACAGUCAUAGAACACAACAGGCGCAACACCAUCCCUGUGGUGUACCAAGACUCCACCUCGUCUGAGCAUGUCUACCUCGACACUUUCUUCCCUUUUGAUCCGUAUCUGCUCACCAGAACAAAGAAGUAUGUGUCAGAGUGGUACAGGGAGUAUGACAACUCACUCCCAGAGGAGCAGCUGGUCAAAGAGGGCAGUGGGGAGGGCGAAGAUGAAGACGACUUCCUCAUGGAACAAUCUCCUGUCAACAGUCUUCAGUUUAGCUACGGCACUUCACCUGGCUUCAAAAUGUGAUUAUUUAUUGUUAAUUUUGUUUAAAUUAAUAAAUCAAAAAAAUUUUAUGUUGGA